GAACAGAAAGCCGAGCGAACGCGGCUACAGUGCGUGGCUGCCUUAAUACAUACUUGAAACCCGUGCGGGUCGCACGCAUCGCGACAAAUCGCAAUUCGAACGGCAUUCCAUUUGACAUUCGAUUUAUUUUUUUUAAAAAAACAACAAUGAUAUUUUGAACAGUGAGUUUUGUUAUGCGGACGUAACUUUUUAAUUUUUAAAAAUGGAAGUAAGUGCAAUGCCGCCGAUGCCGUUGGACUUCUCUAUGGUGCGAAGUGGGAGCGGAUCACCUGGUGGCAUCAGGGAAGGGUCGCCGAGACCUGUGUCUAACAGCGCCUUCAGAGUCGUUACACCUAAAGGAGUAUCGGCGAGCGAAGCUUUAAGAAACGGGAUAUGCCACUCUCUUUGGGGCGCGCCAGCGUCCAGACCCGAACCCAGGCUAGCGUCUCCUCCACCAAUCCAGAACCAUGACACUUAUCCUGUGAGAGAUGAAAUUAAAUUCGGCAUCAAUCGCCUGGUUGGAGACAGAACGAAUGAUGAAGAGGACGAAAUUCACAACAACGAGUCCAGACCCGAAGGUGUUUCACCGGCUUCCCGCUGCGGAAGUCCAUGCUGGGCUCCCUCGCCCCAGUCCCCACGAUCAGUUCGGUCUAGUUCCCCUGAAUUAGAAGUUGAUUCACCACCCUCCUCACCUAGAAGACCGCCGGAUUCUUCAACACCCCCAAAGAGAUCAGAAGCAUUUUCUAUGAGCGUUCUCUUAAGACCUGACGCUCCAAGAGUACAACCACAAAGACCUUUUCUGUAUCCUCCGCUGCCCUUCGCGGAUCUCUUACGUGAUGCAAGCAGCCUUGGUCUUCCAGGCUGGGGUGGAUAUAGUAAUCUUUACCUACAUGCGGUGCAAGCGGCUGGACCGGAAUUAAUGCGACUGCGAGCCGCCGUUCUUGGCGCUCAGGGUCCGUUAACCAGACCUUUGCCGAUAGGCGAUGUGUUCUCUUGUGUUAAAUGUGAGAAAAUCUUUAGUACACCACAUGGAUUAGAAGUUCACGCAAGAAGGUCACAUAAUGGGAAGCGGCCAUUUGCUUGCGAGCAAUGCAGUAAGACGUUUGGACAUGAAAUCAGCCUCACUCAACACAGGGCCGUCCACAGCGUAGAAAAGGUAUUCGAAUGCAAGCAGUGCGGGAAAACAUUCAAACGAUCAAGCACCCUGUCCACCCACCUUCUGAUUCACUCGGACACCAGACCCUACCCUUGUCAGUACUGCGGGAAAAGGUUCCAUCAAAAGUCGGACAUGAAAAAACAUACAUAUAUACACACCGGCGAGAAACCUCACAAAUGCCAAGUAUGCGGGAAGGCGUUCAGUCAGAGUUCGAACCUGAUCACCCAUUCGCGAAAGCAUACAGGAUUCAAGCCCUUCGCUUGUGAACUGUGCGGGCGAGCGUUUCAGAGAAAGGUGGACCUUCGAAGGCAUAGGGAAACUCAGCAUGCAGAUCUCAGACCACCGCAGCAUAUGCAGCCUCCGCAUACAGACGUGCAUCCAAUGCACGCGCCGGACUUACAUGCUGUCUCAGAACACAGAAUAGACCUCCGACCACCACACCCAGAGCUGCGACCACAGCACCCAGACUUCAGACCACACAUGAGCACCGCAGUGCCACCUUUGCAACCCCUCCCCUCCUGAACCUCGACAGCCUUCGCGCCUGCCAACUGGCGCUGAGGCAACCAAAGUACCAUUUUGAUUUACCAACGUCAGAAGAUAUCAGAACAACUAAUGGAUAUCAAAUACUAAUCUAUGCCAUAUUAUAACAUCGUUUGCCUGAUCUUCGAGCUAAGAUACCCUGUAUUAUGAGGAACCAGGCACCGAACACCUGGAGGUACAACCAAGAACAUCUCAAAGUGUUUUCUACUUCUGUAACUAUUCGAAUCUACUUCUGGCGUCUAGAAUCAAAUGUUUACAGUGUCAUAUCUUAGACCCAUCUUCAAUAUCUGCUAGAACAAUUACCAAUUACAAAAUGAAUGGCAAAUAUGACCAAAAGAAUAGAAUAUACUAAGAACUUAAAAUCAAACUUACAAUACAAAUAUUUAGCAAAUUUGUAGUAUAAACUGUAAUAGAUGCCAAAUAAAUACAGAAGUAGAAGUUAUAUGAACUCUCGAAUCGGAAAUCUAGCAACUGUAUUGCACUGUCCCUAAAUGUAUCCCAUUUAGCCUAUCCUUAAUAUCCAUUUUUCUACAAGAAGGACCUUAGAAAAGUGACCAACUGUGCUAUAGAAAUCACUUAUUUUUGGUCCAAAAAUAUCUAGAUUUACCAAAGACUCGACAGAAGGUGUGAAGCAAUUGUUUUAAUAUUUUCAUUAUGGUUAAUAUAUACUAUAAGGAAUGUGAUGAAUGUUAAACCAUAGGAUUUACCAAAGAUUUUGUAAGGGAAUAAUAUACUACCUGCAUCUAUGUUUACAUACGCUUAUCAUCUGUCUGAGUGACCACAUUUUACUUUAAGGAUUAAUAACCUCAGGGAAUCAUUGAAAUAAGUAUGAAUUGAAAGUAUCCAAUGGGUUAUAGCAGGUCCUAAUGCUGCUAUUGACUUAUUUAAAUUCAGAACUUGUUUCAGUGUUUGACUGAAGAUUAACCUUCUCGUACAAAACUGUCACUUUUUUUAUAUCUAUCUCAGGAGAAACCCUAAAAGGAAUGAACUAUUUAUCGAAAUUAUUCAAUAAACUAGAUUUUUUUUAUUAUGCAUCUAAUUUCUAACCACUAUAAGAGUGAAUGACAAAUAUAGGUACCUUUUUCCAGACAGAUGGUAUUUAACUAGGUACACAUAACAACAAAAUCUAAGUACAUUACCAUUGCGAAAUUAUCUUAAUGUUUAGGUAGGUUAAGAGUCACGUGAACGCUUUUACUUGUGAGUAUUUUGAUCUCAUUAUAAAAUUGUAAAGUGACAGUUCUAUGUUAUGUGCUAAAAAUUUCAGAUGAAUUUAUAAAGUCCGCAAUGGGGUCGAUUCCGAAGCGCUAAUUCUCGAAACUUGUUUGUUUGUAUGUUGUUUGCUUGUAUGUUUUAAUUCAAUAUUUCAUAGUUCAGCAGAAUUACUGUUUUAAAGCCGUGUAGGUCCCGGAAUAGAAUAGGCCACCUCUUCCUUCUCUGUGGGUGCCCUAAGACUAAGCGAACUUAACGCUUGACGGAUGAGGAGCAACGUCCCUCUUAAAACAUCACUUAACUGCGAUUGCCAACCCGCCUGCCAAGCGUGGUAAUUACUGACAAAACUUCCCUUCUGAGUAUGAUGAUUGUUUUAUAGAUGAUUAUAAACUAGAUUUUUAAAAAUUUUGACUUAAAUAAACCUAUUAAAAAUUAAGUUUCCUUAGAUAUCAAAUUGAAAUUAUAAUUUCAAAGAUACCUACAUUUUGAGAAAUGUCGCCUCAGAAUCGACCCCAAUGUAAAGAGUUUAGUGUAAGUACGAAGUACAGUCAUGGAAAAAAAAAUUGCACGAACAUAUUUUUCUUUUUGACGUUUACAAUUGUAAUUUUUUGCAUCUAUUGAUGUUGUGUAUAAUAUUAGUCAAUCGUGUAACAAAGUCACAAUUGAAUUGUAAAUAAAUGGACUGAUGGAAUCAUUCCAAAAUUUUUAAUUAUGAUUUCUUCUAGUACAAAGCUAAGGCCGUAAUGGCUGUGCAGUUAAAAAUUUAAAUAAUUCCAGAAAUCAUUCCUUGAUGUCGCUGAUUGUUUAUUAUGUUUAAUUAUGUUUAUUAUUUCAUGUGUAAUGGUAAAUAUGUUACCACAGACAAUUUAUUGUAAUUAUUAAUAUGUUAUACUUAAUGUAAAAUUAAUACUCACAUAUCAUAUUGGUAUAGCACGUAUACAGAAUAAAAAAAAUAUUUACUUUUUAAUUUCAUUGUAUUCUUGCAUAGUGUAUAUAUUAGCUUAAAUUAUAUGUACAAAACUGUUGUCUAUUUUUAUGUAUUCUAGUGCUGAUACUUUGAAAUAUUUAAAGGCAAUAGUUAAUAUCUUAUACGGUAUAAAUUGUACUAAAAACAAUGUGAAAUCCUUCAUGCCAAAGUGACAUAGCAAAUUAGUAAAUUUGUAAAUACAUGAUGAAUACGUAAAAUCACUAAUUAGUGAACACAGAACACUUCUAUUUUCUCACAGUCGGUUAUUACUAUUUUUUUUUAAUAUAAGAAUUUUUUUUAUGUUUCUUAUUGUAUAGUACUCGCUACUUUGUAAUAAAAAUAUAUAAAAUAUAAAUUUAUUUAUCAUAUAUUCUUCUUAUACAAAUUUUGGCUGAAUUAAUUAAUAACAUUUAUUAGAUAUAUUUUAUUUGGACUUUUUCCACCGACUGUUCAAUAGAUGUAUAUAUAAAUAGAUAGGCAUAUUUAAUGUUUUUUAACCAUUUCACGUCACAAUCAUAUAAAUACAGUACUAUAAUGUUAAUUGUAAAUAAUGUAUAAAUUUAACUAGUUGUUUUAACGGACCCAAAGACAAACGUGCAAUCCUAUGUCAUUAUUUCGAGUUAUAUUAUUAUUAUAAUUGUCACUUCAAUAAAAUGAUGAUGUA